UCUUCGUUUCUCGAUCGCUUUAAAGCUUUAAGAUUUUGAAGAAUCUCUGUGCCUUGUAUUUGCACUUUCGUGUUAGCCGGUAAUUUCAUUUUCUUCCCUUGCAAAUCCGAUUUUGUCUACGGAUUUGGGCUCAAUUCUGAAAGAUCAGCAUGAAACUUCGGUAGAUUAAGGCGAAAAAAAAAAUUGUCCGAUCGAUCACAAAACGCUCAGUUAGGGUUUAAUUUUGGUUCGAAAUCGAACUUGACUUGCAGGAAUUCCUGAUCUCUCGAGAGAUUUUAGAACUCAUCAGGGGGGAUGAUGGGAACACUUCAAGGGUCUGUUGUAUGCCCCACAAUCGGUGCCAAGCAAGUUGGAGCUUAUACUCUGUCAGGAAAUGGACCUCUCGUGACAGCUAGAACUCUUAGAAGCGAGUUCUGGGGAUCUAAAGGGACAUACAGACGCUGGAGGACUCUUUCUCAUAAAGUCCCGUUGAUAAAAUUCAGGACAGUUCACUGUAGCUUCAGUUCAUCAUCAAAUGAUAACGGUAGCAUGGCAGAGAACUUCAAUGAGAACGACGAAGACUAUGUUAACUCCAGUGUUGUUGAGGCUGUUGAGGUUAAAAGUGGCUCGGAUGGUUUCGUGAUAAAAAUGCGAGAUGGCAGAUAUGUAAGAUGUGCUCACAACAACCCUCAAGGUGGACACCUUCCUGACUAUGCUCCACAUCCUGCUAUUGUACUGAAGAUGGAGGAUGGAAGUGGUCUUCUUCUUCCUAUAGUUGUUUUGGAGAUGCCAAGUGUCUUCCUGAUGGCUGCAGUUCGCAAUGUUCCAAUUAGAUUGAGAUUGGUAACUCUGCCUCAGGCUAGGCCUACUGUAUAUCAAGUAAUGAAGGAGAUGAUUGAGACAAUGGGAUAUGAGGUGAAACUUGUUCGAGUAACCAAGAGAGUACAUGAAGCAUAUUUUGCUCAGUUAUAUGUUACAAAGAUAGGUGAUGAAACAAUAAGAGUCAGCUUUGAUCUUCGGCCUUCAGAUGCCAUUAACAUUGCUGUACGAUGCAAGGUGCCAAUACAAGUUAACAAGUCUUUGGCAUACAAUGAUGGAAUGAGAGUUAUUGAACCUGUAAAGAUGGUGUCUCAGCCCCCUCUGUCAGAUGGCUUGUUGUUUACGGAGAUGGAUAGGCCAAGUGGUCAACCAUGUAUUGAAACCAAAGAGUUUGGUCUGGUCCGCAAUAUGCUAAUUGCUGCCGUUGAAGAAAGAUACAGAGAUGCAGCUCAAUGGAGAGAUAAACUCACCCAACUCCGUUCUCAAAAAAGGAACUGAACAUGACAGGUACUUGCUGAUCUGCAUGCUGUGGAAGUUCUCUGUUUCUCAUGUUGAACAACCGAAUUGUGUAAUAACAGCAGUUCUGUUUUUCAAUUCUUUCAAAUGGUCCUGUGCAGAAAAUUUGUACAUAGAAAUUAUUGUCCAAUCAGACAGGCAGCCUCUAGUAAAAGUCAGCUCCUCACCUUGAUAUAAGAUAUGUUUGUGAAUAUUUGUAUAGUGGGCAGAAUUCCCUUCUAAUGUAAUGUUGAAGCACGUAGUACAUGUAUUUAGUUUUCUUCUUAGUAUCUUAUCAGCCCCACGGCCCUAUGAUCAGAUCUAUGGAUGGAAGGUUGUGAAAUGAAAGCUGACCCAAUUUUAUGGA